GACCGUGUGGUGCAUUGUAAUGCAACAAUCUCUUGGGAGACAACCUGCAACUCUGAUCUCUGACUUUCUUUUUGGCUUUUACUUCUUCCUUUAUCAUCUUCUUUGAAUUUUCUUUCCCCUUGUUUGCAGAGGUAACUUAUCGUCUUUCAAAUCCCCUCUAUUUUGUUUUUACUGUUCUCUCUCUUUCUCUCUCUCGCUUGCCCUUCCUCCCACCAUCAAACAACUUCAUGUUUGUGUGUGUAUAUAUAAUAUAUAUACUAAACUUCUGUUGAGUACCUAUCUCUUCUUCUCUAGCUUGCUUGUAGCUUCAUAUCAUUCUCAUAAUCUUAUUAUAAUGACAGAUCCUUACUCUAAUCUGUUCACUGCUGGUUCAUGGUUCAAUUUCAAGCCUCUUCAUCCUCACUAUUCUCCUCAGACUUACUCAACUUUCGCUGCUACUACUCAAUCUCAAAAUUAUGCACUUCGUUUCGCUUCUCCUCCUUCACCACCUCUCAAAGAAGCACUUCCUCUAAUAAACUGUUUGAGCCCCAGAAGACAAGAAGAAGAACGUGAAUCAUCAACAACUAGUACAGCAGAAGAGAACAAGAACUUGAACAUAGAAGCUCGUACUACUGAAGAAACUGUCACUGUUGCCCUACACAUAGGCCUGCCAAACCCUAGUAAUUCUGAUUUGGGGACUAAACUCACACUCUCACCAUCGAUAUCUUCCGAUGUGAUAGACAAAAGGGAAGUCAUGAGUUUAGAAAAUUUUAGCAAGGCUCAGUACUGGAUUCCAACUCCUUCUCAGAUUCUCAUUGGACCCACACGGUUUUCAUGCCCAGUUUGCGGUAAAACCUUUAACAGAUACAACAACCUUCAGAUGCAUAUGUGGGGGCACGGAUCUCAGUACAGAAAAGGGCCCGACUCUUUAAGAGGAACUCAACCAACAGCCAUGUUGAGGCUCCCUUGCUAUUGCUGUGCACAAGGAUGCAAACACAACAUUGAUCAUCCAAGAGCAAGGCCACUGAAAGAUUUCAGAACUCUCCAAACUCACUACAAGAGAAAGCAUGGAAUCAAGCCCUUUACAUGCAGAAAAUGUGGCAAAGCAUUUGCAGUGAAAGGUGAUUGGCGAACCCAUGAGAAGAAUUGCGGCAAGAUUUGGUACUGCAUCUGUGGUUCUGAUUUUAAGCACAAGAGAUCUUUGAAAGAUCACAUUAAGGCCUUUGGUCAUGGCCAUGACGCUUUGAAUGUUGGCAACUUUGACGAAGAAGAUGAACCUGCUUCUGAAAUUGAACAUGAUGGUGAGUCCUCAAUGUGAGCUCAAAUAUUGUUCCCUCUAAUUAUUUAGGCCUCGUGUAAAUUAUUCAUGAAUGUUUGAGGAAAGUAGGGAAGUGCAAGCAGUGUGCGGUCCUCUGGAUAUUAUAAUUUGAUGUACUUCUGCUUUCUAAAAGGACAGUGUUUUUAUAGUGUUA